AGGGCCGGGACAUUCCGGGAAACGGCGGCGCUGCGAGCAGCGAGGAUGGCGCGGGGGGUGCUGGCGCUCGGCUUGCUGGCGCUGCUGGCGCUGCUCGGCCUGGGGGCGGCCGCUGAGGCGCCGAAGGUCGAAGUCUACGCCCGUUCCCGUGCCGAGGAGGGAAAGCAGAACACCCUGCACUGCUUCGUCACCGGCUUUCACCCACCCAAGAUUGACAUCGAGCUCCUGAAGAACGGGGAGCCCAUUUCCGGCGUCAUGUACGGGGACUUGUCCUUCAACGAGAAGUGGCAGUUCCAGCGCCUGGUCUAUGUGCCCUUCACCCCCACAAGGGGUGACACCUUCGCUUGCAGGGUGGCGCAUUCCACUAUGACGGAGCCACGGAUUUACCGAUGGGAACCAGACUUCUGAGCCGUGUCUGGGAUAAUCCAUGGUGCUGUGUGCCAUGCUGGUCUGAGAAAAUCUGCUUGCAAGUCAAAGUCUUCUCAAGCUUCUGUCCAUUCUUCAUCAUAUCCACAAGAAUGAUCAACUUCCAUUCAGAAAUUCACUAAUAAGCCUUGUUAAAUCUCACUUAGCCACAGCGUCAAGGGAGCUCUGCAGGCUUUUUGAGCAUGUAGCUAUAAAUGCCCACAUUACUGCUUAAAAAACAAUGGUAGCUCUUCACUGCUCCAAAUUUUGCAGGAUGUUUAUACUUUAAUAAACUGCUAGUCCUUAACAUGUUUCUUCAGAGUAAUUUGACAGGCCAAGCUGAUUUUACAGGCUCUGAUGGGUUGUGGGCAGAUACGUAGCCUUGGGGGCAUGAUGGUCAGUUGUGCUUUUUUAUCCCACUGAGAAGAUGCAAGAGCGCUUUUCCAUCAAUAAAAAGAAAAUUAAAGACUU